AACUAAGUGUAAGUGUUUCCAUGCAGAUGUAUUUCUGGCUUCCAUACUGGCAUCUGCAUAACACAAACUGGGUGAAGCAUGCCGUUAACAACUUUAUAUUUAAAUCAGAAUUUAUUCAGAAAAUACUACCCGGAUAGUCUGUGUUAUUUUGUCUUGCUUAACAUUGUCGCUAACUCAACUUGCCAUCAAGCGCUAGGCGAGAUAUAAUGCGAUUUUUUUUAAUUAAGGCAUCGAAACUUCGGAAAGCGUGUGUCUUUUCUGUGUUUAACCAGCUGUCGUUUGUCAGCAGCGUUUGAAAUUUUAAUCAGUGAAAUCAGAGUGCCGGAUAAUACUCGCCAGUUAUCCCGGGGUUAUUGCUAGCUGGCUAAGGAAGUUAGCCAGUUAGCUAGCAAGCCGCGUCAGCUUGCCGGAGGCUGAUAUCUUGUUUCGCGCAUUUCAAGCCUGUUCACCGACCUCUGUACGUGCCAAACCGGUAUCUAAACGAAAGCACCGGGUCGUGGCUUGUUCAGCGUCAAUUCUAAGAGGCUGAAACUUCCACAUUCCGCCUUUUAAAAUGAACAGUCAACAGUGUUUCUCCUAACCGGCUUGGUUUGCUGCAAACGCUGUUCUUUUGUUUUGACAAAGGAAGAGGACCGGAGUUUGGGUCUAUUUUUUUUCUUUUACACCAAUUCACAUCUGGUGGUGGGACAGUAGCUUGAGCCAUUUUCUGGCCAUGGCUCCACAGAAGCAGAGCUCCUCGAGUGGAAGUCACCCGGUGGGUUUUGGUUCUGGAGGAAAAGCCAACGGCUUGUACCAGUCGUCCUCCACUGCCAUGGCUGCAGCCAAGAAGCCCAACCUGCAACUCAUUCAAGCCGACCACGAGUUGUUCCUGCAGGCCUUCGAGAAACCAACCCAAAUCUACAGGUUCCUCCGCACCAGGAACUUGAUCGCGCCUAUAUUCUUGCACAGGACACUCACCUACAUGUCCCACAGAAACUCAAGGAAUAAUGUCAAAAGGAAAAGCUCCAAGGUUGACAAUCUGUUGUUCCAAGUGGAAAAGAUGAGAGGCGAACAGGAAACUCACAGCUUGGCCUCUAAUCUGCAGCUCACCUUCACUGGCUUCUUUCAUAAAGCUGGGAAGCCAUCUCAGGACUGUGAGAAUGAGCAGAACUCUGUAUCCCUGGAGGUGCUGCUGGUCAAAGUCUGUCACAAGAAGAGGAAGGAUGUGAGCUGUCCGGUGAAGCAGGUCCCAACAGGGAAGAAGCAGGUUCCUCUGAACCCAGACACGAGCACCGGAGUCCAGGCCAAGCCGGGCUCUUUCCCCUCCCUGCUGGUUCCCAGCAGUGAGUUUGAACCCAGCAACUCUCACAUGGUCAAGUCUUACUCGCUGCUCUUCAGAGUAUCGAGGCCCGGGUGCCCCCGAACUCAGAUGAACGGCCUGACCAAUGGAGAGAGUCACCACAACAGAGAUAUUACAGAGGAAGUGGCAAACAGGAAGAGGAGGAGCUCCUCCCUCAUAGAGGAUGGAGAAACCACAUUUGUGGCCCAGAUGACUGUCUUUGAUAAAAACAGACGUCUGCAGCUGUUAGAUGGCGAGUACGAGGUGUCUAUGCAAGACACGGAGGAGUGUCCCGUCAACAAGAAGAGGGCGACCUGGGAGACCAUCCGGGACGGAAAGUGUUUGCCUCCAUUCGAGAGUUUCUCUCAGGGUCCCACCCUGCAGUUCACCCUCCGCUGGACCAGCAACUCCUCCGAUCGCUCCACCGCACCUGUGGCCAAACCUCUGGCCACCCGAAACUCUGACUCCAACCAGGAGCCCAGACCCAGCGCCCUGAGGGCCACACACACUCUGGUUGUCAAAGAAUCCAUAAAUGCUGACGUGCAAAUGAGAAGAGAACCAGUUUUAGCAGAGCCGCGACAGAAACUCCGCAUCUUCUACCAGUUCCAGUACAACAACAACACACGGCAGCAGACGGAGGCCAGAGACGACCUCCACUGUCCCUGGUGCACCCUGAACUGCAGGAAGCUCUACAGUCUGCUCAAACACCUCAAACUGUCUCACUCCCGCUUCAUCUUCAACUACGUGCCCCACCCUAAAGGAGCAAAGAUAGAGGUCUCCAUCAACGAGAGUUAUGACGGUUCGUAUGCGGGUAACCCACAGGAUAUCCACAGCCAGCCGGGCUUCGCCUUCAGCAGGAACGGCCCAGUCAAGAGGACCGCCGUCACCCACGUCCUCACCUGCAGACCGAAGAGGACGAGGGCGAGUCUGUCUGAGUUUCUGGAGUCCGAGGACGGCGAGCGGGAGCAACAGAGGACGUACAUCAGUGGACACAAUCGGCUCUACUUCCACAGCGACAGCUGCAUGCCGCUGCGGGCUCAGGAGAUGGAAGUGGACAGCGAGGACGAGAGGGACCCAGACUGGCUCAAAGAAAAGACCGUCAAGCAAAUCGAGGAGUUCACGGACGUCAACGAGGGGGAGAAGGAGAUGAUGAAGCUGUGGAACCUCCACGUCAUGAAGUGCGGCUUCAUAGCGGACAACCAGAUGAACGAGGCCUGCCUGCUGUUUGCCGAACACAACGGCGCCCACAUCGUGAAACACAACCUGUGCCGCAACUUCCUGCUGCACCUGAUCAGCAUGCACGACUUCAACCUGAUCGGCACGCUGACCAUCGACCGGGCCAUGGCCCGAAUCCGCCUCAUCCAGAGUCAGACCCGUCAGAGAGACAAAGACAGGGACGAUGAGGAGGAAGAGGAGGAGGAGGAGGACUGGGAGACGGCUGUGGAGUCCCAGCCUGAGCCAGAUCCCGAUCCCGAUCCCGAUCCGUCUGAGUAUAAGCCCUGCAGUGAGAAUGGAGGCGAGCAGCAGGAGGCGAGCGGAGGAGCUGCCGUGAGUGAACAGUCGACCGCCGGCUGUCAGUGAAGAGACACGAACAGGACGAGUGGAUUGGACGAGAGACGAGGCGACAGACAAACACACACAGGUUACUGCAGGGAUUACGUUUUUAAGAGCAGGUUACAUCAGAAACACGAUGAAAUUGUUUGUUUUUCAUUUUCUUCAGAGAGACGUUUGUCAUUCGAGGACUUGAUUGUCAUCUUCUUGUUAUUCUGUGUCAUGUGUCCUGACGUACGCUAGCUGCAGCAGAGUUUUAAUUCUCAUCCUGUCCCUUCAUGUCCAGGCCGUGAAGUUUGUUAACGACAAAGCUAUGAAGCGAGCACAAAACAAAUUCAGCCUCCGGUCUGGAUUUGUAGGGACACAUUUUGUAGGAGGGAUAAAGCUGGAGGUGUCGGUGACUUCCUGUCUGCGGCUCUCAGCUCCGAGCUCAUUGGCUGCUACGGCUGCACGCUGCAGUUUCAGCCAAUCAGGAGGAAAUGCUGUGUUUGUGGGACUAUUUUGAGUGGCGGAUUAAUCCACAUUUGAUGCUCUCGUGAGUAUUUCAAGAUCAUAAGUCAUAAGUUUGAGAAAGUGUCUCAUUUUCAUGACCUACAGGAUCUUUUUUCCAUCACAGUGGCAGGAACAGGCUUCCACAGUGCAGACAUUAGAGCCAACAGGGUUUGGAGGGUUUGAACAGUAAACGCAGUCAUCUGCUGCUGACUGAAACCUGACGAGCUCCAGCUCAGAUCCACAGACGCAGCUUUUCUCCUGAUCGUUCAGUUCGGCGCUCCUCCGUCGCUCUCUGCACUUUAGCGCCGUUAUUUUAAAGUCUGUGUCUGCAGCCUCUCCGUACUUUGAGGACCAAUCAGAAUUGCUCGCUCUACAGUUUAGUUCUCAAACUGGGAUGAUCUGUCUUCCUCAGCGUGAGGCACCAGUCAGUGACCUUCCAGCUCCACCAAAGGUUUUCUUAUUUACAGGGUUUGUUAACACAUCAGUGUCAUCGCUAUUCAUCACAGAUAUCUGAUCAAAUGUCAGGUGAUCGGAGUCCAGAUGACGAAUGGCAACAUUUCACAAGAGGCUGCUGCAGCUUCACACUCCUGCAUCCUCCAUCUCAUCAGUGAUAUUUAUUCUAGUGUUCACUGGACAGCUGUGAUCAGAUCCUGGAUCAGAGGUUUGUCACUGCAGCUGAGUCAAAGUAAUCCAGCUUGAGGGCUCAUCUGGGUUUCUGUUACUGUUUACACAUGCAGAGGAAUCAGGAGGAUUCACACACUUCCAGUGCAGUUUCUACUACUGGUGCUCCAUCUUUUUGUUCCUGACAAACCACAACCAAACCACAUCACAUUUCAAGGCCGAGUUUGUUUUGACGGUUUGGACACAACACGAGCAGAGUGUGUCCUCUGAGCUCAGUCUUUGUGUCGUAGUAACUGGUUUGGCUUCGUCUGGGUGAGGCUGCAGUCGUCUGACAGCCCUCACGACGCCUCCCUCAUACGGAGUCAAGUCAUUUAUCAGGCAGUCGUCCAAAUCGAUUUCCCAUCUGAACCGUUUCUGUCAGUCGCUGUUUUGGUUGGGCUCUGAUCUGCAAUUUUCUGUAAUUUAUCGUUCAAUUGAUUCACUGACAAAAUAAUAAUAUGAAAUGAAACGAAAAAUGAUUAUCUGCAGUCUUAAAUUGCAAACAGGUAAAGCUGAAGUGUCUUUUUUGUCGCUGCAGCUGUUGAUAUGUAAAUGAGCUUUGGAAUAUGGUUGUUGGGAAACCUGAACGCCGCCCAGGAGGUUUUGUAGUUUUAGUUCACAGACCAAAGGGGAUGAGUUUGCUGCAGAUCUCCUGUGAAGACCGCAGACCCAAUCCGACUCGACGUUGCCGUCCUCCAAUGAUGUCAAACGGCACAACGUGCAGAUGCAGCAUUUAGAUUUUCAGUUUGAGAUUUUUGGAACCAACAGCUGGAUUCACCUGUGGCCCCAGUCUUUGAAGGCUUUGCAUCAGCGAGGAGUCUGGUGGUGACAAAUCCAGCACACAGACGUGAUCUGCUGUGGGCGAACGCAGUCGUCAGGUUCAUACGUGACUGCAGCCCACUGCAGGUUUUUCUUUUUUUUCAUUCAUUCACGUGAGACCAGCAGCGUUUUGCACAAGAUGGGAGGAGCCAUGUCAAGAAAACCAGACAUUUCUUCAAUUUAUGUAAAAACCAGCUUGACGUUGUGAUCUGUUUCAGUUGAGUCUAAAUGGUUUUCUAUUAAAAGAACAACUUUGUACUAUGGUA